UUAAUAAGAGUUCAAUCUCACACACAUGUCAUCACAAUCAACAUUAUCUCAUCCAAAGUAAACAAUAUUUUUAAGUUUUCUUAAACCUUGUCUUUCACGUUUUUAACAUUAAUCUUGGAAGGAAAUAUAAUGGAUAAGCUAGCUAUAAGAAAAAAUAAACAUUCUAGAUCUUCUUCGAAUCCCUGCAGCCGAUUUUCUUUAUGUUCAAGCAUUAGCAAAGAAAAAUUGAGGUUUAAAACAAAUUAUCUGUACAGAAAUGAACAUAAACCAUCAGAGUCUAUAAACUCAGAUGAAAGGAUUCAAUCAAAAGAAUUUUUAGCUGUGUGGGAUGAACUUCGACAGAAGAAGCAGCUUUUUGAUGGCUCCAUCAGGUCUUCUGAAGGGACUGUGUUUCAAAUCCACAGAGCAAUACUCGCCACAUUUAGCCCCUACUUUAAAGCAUACUUUACAAACACAAUCAACUUGGAACGUACAGAGAAAUAUGAGUUACAUUUGAGGGACAUCUCCAGUGAAGUAAUAAAUCACAUCCUUGAUUUUGCCUAUACAGGUCAAUGUAUUAUCAACAGAUCAAACGUGGAAAAGCUCCUUCCAGCUGCUGACCAAUUGGAAUGCAUCAGCGUCGUUAAAAAAUGCUCGGAAUUUAUUAUCGGAGAGCUGUGUCCUGAAAACUGUUUGGGAAUACUCAGAUUUGCGAAAUGUUACUCUUGUGAAUUUUUAGAGAAUGAGACAAAGAAUUUCAUAAGGUGGAAUUGUGUGGAAAUCUUUAAAAGUCCUGAAUUCGAGGAGUUGAGCUGGGAAGAAGUCUAUGACAUUCUGUCUGAUGAUUCGCUCAACGUUCCAAGAGAGGAAAUUGUUUACGAAGCCGUUGAUAGAUGGAUUAGCAAAAGUCCCAAGGAACGAGGGAAAUUUCUCUACAUUCUGUUUCAAUGCAUUAGAUUUGGGUUGAUGGACAUCAAAUACUUGAGAGAAGUUGUCAAAACCAACAACUACAUGAAUGAGGACACACGUGAGUUCCUGUGCACAGUUGAGGUCGAAUCCAUCUACGGAUUCAACUGUAGUAAGGCUUUCAUGCGGCCGAGAAUUCCGUUCGAAGUGAUUUUUGCGGUCGGAGGUUGGAGUAAAGGCCACCCAACAACUGUGAUAGAAACGUACGACCCAAGGGCUGAACGAUGGUUCAUCAUCGACUACGAGGAUAUGGUUCCACGAGCCUACCAUGUGCUGGCCUGCCUCGACAAUCAGAUCUACAUGAUCGGAGGGUAUGAUGGAAAUGUGUACUAUAACACUGUGAGGUGCUUCGACCCGGUGACAAGGAGGUGGACUCAAAGAGCGUGCAUGUCUUAUCCUCGUUGCUAUGCCAGCGUCGCCGUUCACAAUGGCGAAAUCUAUGUAAUGGGAGGUUUCAAUGGAAGAGACCGGAUGCAUUUUGUAGAAAAGUAUAAUCCUCACCAAAAUGCUUGGAAAAUGAUCAAAUCAAUGAACUCACCGAGAUCUGAUGCCAGCGCUGCUACAUACAAUGAUAAGAUAUACAUAGUUGGAGGAUUCAACGGCGCAGAAGUUCUUAUGACUUGUGAGGUUUAUGACCCUUCCACUGGACAAUGGACUUUUAUUCCAUGCAUGAGUACACCUCGCUCGGGAGUUAACCUUAUCGUCUACAAGGAGUGUCUCUAUGCAAUUGGUGGUUAUGAUGGCGCUGAACGAUUGAAUAAAGUUGAGAAAUACAGUCAGGAGGCAGAAUUAUGGCAGCCCGUCCGAGAAAUGCUGUUUGCUAGAAGCAAUUUCGCAUGCAUUGUUCACGAAGAUCGUAUAUUUGUGAUAGGAGGAUUUAAUGGUACAACAACAAUGUGUGAAACAGAGUUUUACAAUGGUGAGACAGAUGAGUGGCAGAUGGGAAAGCAGAUGAAUAUCCACCGCAGUGCAUUGUCAGCAUGCAUUUGCCGAGGCCUGCCGAACAGCUACGAUUACUCAUUAGCCGGCGUCAGCAAACCUUCGCCAAACAAAAGCAGAUCAUCUUCGACGUGAAUGACA